AUUGCUUGCUCUUCCAAACAGGCCCCCGACGUUGUCUCCGUCAACGGUCACUUGUAUGUAUGGAGUUCCCAUAGGUUGUCGCGGACACGAAUGAAUCACUUCCGUAGGUUUCUCAGCUUGUGUCACAUUGUUCUCCGAUUUGCUUCUUGACCAGAUAAUCUAGAGCAGAACACUUGAGGCUUCAUUCAUCCGGUUAAUUAUGGAUGAACUCGCGAAGCUACAGAAGAGGAUCACGCCGCUGUUCGUCGCCGAGAAGGGCUCGUCGUCGGGGACAAGCUUGGACCCCAGUGAUUCCUGCGUGAUGUCUGAAGGUGGGACACUGAAUUUGCUGAGCAGGUCCUAUGGGGUAUAUAAUAUUAAUGAGCUCGGGCUACAGAAGUGCUCUUCUUGGCCUGUCGAUGACUCCGAUCGAUCCGAGAAGACUUAUAGGUGUGCAUCAAAUGAGAUGCGGAUAUUUGGGGCCAUUGGGAAUGGGGCGAGCAGUGUGGUGCGGAGAGCCAUACAUAUACCGAGCCACAGAAUUAUUGCUCUGAAGAAGAUUAAUAUCUUUGAAAAGGAGAAAAGACAGCAACUUCUUACCGAGAUCCGAACAUUAUGCGAGGCGCCGUGUGAUCGAAGUCUAGUAGAAUUCCAUGGAGCUUUCUAUACUCCGGAUUCGGGGCAGAUAAGCAUAGCCCUGGAGUACAUGGAUGGAGGGUCACUGGCCGAUGUCUUGCGAGUUCGGAAACGCAUACCGGAACCAAUUUUGUCUUCUAUGUUCCGAAAACUUCUGCAGGGAUUGAACUACUUGCAUGGAACCCGACACUUAGUUCACAGAGACAUCAAACCUGCGAACUUGCUCGUUAACCUCAAAGGAGAGGCAAAGAUAACCGACUUUGGCAUUAGUGCUGGCCUAGAGAAUUCCAUGGCAAUGUGUGCGACUUUCGUUGGGACAGUAACCUACAUGUCACCGGAGCGGAUCCGAAAUGAGAGCUAUUCUUAUCCUGCUGAUAUGUGGAGCCUUGGUCUUACUCUCUUUGAGUGUGGGACCGGAGAAUUCCCUUACACAGAUAAUAAGGGACACGUUAACCUGAUGCUGCAGAUCGUGGACGAACCAUCACCUUCACCUUCAGAACAAAAAUUUUCACCAGAAUUCUGUUCGUUUGUCAAUGCGUGCUUGCAAAAGGAUGCAGAUACCAGGCCUACUGCAGAGCAGCUUCUAUCACACCCAUUCAUAAGGAAGUAUGAGGACGCAGGAGUCGACUUAGCGACAUUCGUUCAAAGCAUAUUUGAUCCUACUCAGAGGAUGAAGGAUUUAGCAGACAUGUUGACGAUCCACUACUAUACAUUAUUCAGUGGACCAGAUGAUUUGUGGCAGCAUACAAGGACGUUGUAUAAGGAAAGAUCGACUUUUAGAUUCUCACGUGAGCAAUUUCUCGGCCAAGACGAUAUCUUUGCGAGCUUAUCGAACAUAAGGAGAACAUUGUCGGGCGAUUGGCCUGCUGAGAAGCUUGUUCACGUUGUGGAGAAGCUCCAGUGCCGCGGACAAGGGGAAGAUGGGAUUGCGAUCCGUGUCUCAGGUUCGUUCAUCUUAGGGGACAGGUUCCUUAUAUGCGGCAAGGGAGUACAAGUCGAAGGGAUGCCAAACUUCGACGAUUUGGGAAUCGAUCUCUCUACCAAGAGAAUGGGGAGGUUUCAGGAGCAGUUCGUGGUAGAACCAAGUGGUCUGAUCGGUCAAUACUUCAUUGCCGAGCAGGAGCUUUACAUUGCUCAAUAGAAGUAAUUGGAGAUUACUUGGGCAGUGUAAACUUUCGUUCUUUCAAUAGAAUUAUGCUGUUCAUGUUUGUGCA